AUGCGAAAAGGAAGCGAGCGUGCACAGGUCAGCCUUGAAGACCAGGCACCCCGUUGCAGGCCCUUGGUGCUCUCUCGCAAGAUGCCACGCGAGGUGGCUGGACCAGGUGGAUGGAUGCCAGUGCAGGACAGACCAAUAAGCAAGUUGAAAAGAAAGGCCAGGACUCCUGUUUCUUUAGUAACACCCUCUCCAGAGUUGUUCCUGCAGCCAGCGUUGCAGCUCACAGUGCUGCCUCAGUGUUUUGUCUUUUGUCCUCCAGCAACGCUGUCAAACAUGUCCCAAUGUAAUAUCAGCUUGAAGAAGCAGAGGAGUCGAAGUAUCUUUAGCACCUUAUUCUGCUGCUUUCGUGACUACAAUGUCGAACCACCAUCUACCAAUAGCACCAGUGCUCUUCCUCCUUUGGUGGAGGAGAAUGGAGGACUUCAGAAGGGUGACCAGAUGCAGGUCAUGCCUAUACCAAGUGGAAUAUACUAUUUCCACGGGACUGAAGCAGUGCAGCAGUCGUUUCACUACAAGCCACCAGCUAAAUACCUCCUGCCAGAACUGACAGCAUCAGACUAUGGGAAGAAGUGUGUGGUCAUUGAUUUAGAUGAAACUUUAGUGCACAGUUCAUUUAAGCCAAUUAGCAAUGCUGAUUUCAUCGUUCCUGUUGAAAUCGAUGGAACCAUACAUCAGGUUUAUGUAUUGAAGCGACCACAUGUGGAUGAGUUUCUUCAGAGGAUGGGAGAGCUCUUUGAAUGUGUACUCUUCACAGCCAGUCUAGCCAAGUAUGCAGACCCAGUAGCUGACUUACUGGAUCGCUGGGGUGUGUUCAGGGCAAGGCUCUUUAGAGAAUCCUGUGUUUUCCACCGAGGAAAUUACGUGAAGGAUCUUAGUCGACUGGGACGUGAGCUGAGUAAAGUUAUUAUAGUAGAUAAUUCUCCUGCAUCUUACAUCUUCCAUCCUGAAAAUGCAGUGCCUGUGCAGUCCUGGUUUGAUGACAUGACAGACACAGAGCUGCUAGAUCUUAUUCCUUUCUUUGAAGGACUAAGCAAAGAGGAAGAAGUUUACAGUAUGCUUCAUAAACUCUGCAACAGGUAGCCCUUAACUUUGACUGACUUCUGCUACUAGAUUGCAGUUGCUAGAGGCUGUCUCCAUCUUUUUCAGCUCUUUCAAAUGUAAGCUUUGGGGAGGUCACCCCUGUCAGAAGUGCUACUCUUGAUCUUCCUGUUACAUUGGACACGAAGGACAAUCAUGAGUGAUGCUAUUAAGCCUUCAGAAGCCUGACUCCUAAGGUCAUGUGUUCAGACUACUUUUUUAAAG